AUGGAGAAGAAACCCGUAAUCGACAGCAUUGUAGAAAAUAAUAGUGAAUUAUUCAUUAAAUGUAAAUGGGGUGAUUGUGGUCAAUCAUUCCCUAAUUAUACUCGUUUUCAUGUUCAUUUAAUGGGAUGUCAUAUAAAAAAUUCAACGAAUAUUUGUUUAUGGAAUGAUUGUCAAAUGAAUACUCUUCAAGAUUAUAAGCAAUUAUUACGUCAUGCAUUGUUACAUGCAUUUUUUGAAGAUUGCAUAGUUGAUACCAAUGUACUACUUAAAUCUCAUUAUAAAAUAUGGAGUUUUGUCUGCUCUGGACCCAGUUAUCAAAAACCAGCCUAUCGUCAACGAUCAACAGACAAAUUCUUAUCAAAUCCUGUAAUUUUAGGAGAAGGUUUCUGUUGUCAAUGGAAAGAUUGUCACUACGUUACAGAUUCAGCCUACUUAUUUGUAGAUCAUGUUUUUCAGCAUGAUUAUUCAAAAAAGGAUAGUGAUAAUGAUGAUGGCGAUGAUGAUGAUGAUGAGGAUGAUGCUGAACGCCAUGAAGAUAGUUCUCAGUUAAUUUGUUUAUGGCAAUCAUUAGAUAAUGAUAAAAGAAAUACGUGUAACUUUGUAUGUAGUCGUCGUUCGGUACUUCGUCGUCAUGUACGUCGUCAUACUGGAUUACCAAAUUACAUUUGUUCUAGCUGCCUGAAUUGUUUUACAGAGUUUGUUAAUUUCAAGGAGCAUUUUAUAUGGAGUUUACUUGGAGAUCGAGAGAAUGUGAUAAGAUAUAAUGAGCCAGGCAGUGAAGAUAACCACUGUCCAGUUGAAUUGAAGAUUAUCAAGGAAUCGAGAUAUUUCCCAAAACAUCUCGAAGGCAGAGCUUUAUUCCGAUGUCCUACAUGUAUUAGAGCAUUUAUAACAAAAGAUUGUUGGUCUAUCCAUAAAAAUGAAUGUCCAAAGGCAAAAAACAAAAUGAAGACUACUGCUAGUACUACUACUAGUACAACAACAACUACUACUACUGAUGGAGUAAUAAAUUCCAAAGCAUCGAAAGAUAAUGCUGUUAUAAAUCCUCGAAAACGUGUUUCACAACCAUAUUAUAAAACAGUUGUCAAUACUACUGAUUACAUAUACUGUUGUCAAGUCGGUGAUUGUACCUAUAAGUCAAGUAAAUUAACUGCAUAUCGUUCUCAUUAUAGACGUUAUCAUUUAAGUAGUAAUCCUGAUGGUUUAUGGUAUUCAUGUCAUAUAUGCACAGCAUAUAAGGCUCGUAAACCUUGUACAAUAUCUCAUCACUUGAAGACUGUACAUUCAUUUAAAGCUAGAUAUCAUAACGGUACAAGUGGUCCUUUAGCACCAGAUCUUGAUGAAAUCAUUGGAGACUCAGAUGAAGAAAGCCAAUCAAAUGAGGAGGUACUUACUUCGGCUGAAUUAUUAGAACGUUUAUAUCAAAUAUGGCAAAAUGAAAAGAUUGCACCUGUACUGCUAACUGCACAUUCUGACUUAUUAGGUCUUAUUCAAACUGAAGUGAAUCAAUUGGAGGCUGAAGCGAAAUCUUUACCGGCUGGUGAUUUAAAAGCUCAAAUGAAACGAAUUCAAGUUGAACGAAUCCGUUUUAUUAUUGCAGAUUAUAUGCGGGUUCGUAUUAAAAAGAUUGAAAGAUUCGCUGAGCAUGUCUUGGCUGAAGAACGAUCACGUAAUCCGAAUGAUCCGCCGCAUCUAACUGUAGAAGAAUACCUUUUCGCCAAAUCAUAUGCAAACAGUAUUCGAGAUUAUUUAAAGAACAAUAUUAUCAAUCGUUUACCGGCUAAUAUGCAAUCUGUUAAAGAUGAAGAAUUAGCAUUUCAUCCAAAUCCAAACAGUUAUGUCUUCUGUCGGUCGCUGAAGAAAAUUGACUACAUUGAAGCAUUCGAUUAUAAUACCGAUGGUAGUCAAACAUGUCUGAAUUAAAUAAAUGUCUAACUAACCAUCAGAUACACAAACGCACAUCCUGCAUUUCCUGUUGGGGAUUCUUAUAUGAACAAAGAAUUCAGGAAUUACUCUGAAUCAUCGUACUUUCUUUUUGAGAAUAAGCAUUGUCAACAUUUUUUUAUAUCUCAUUUGUGAUGAUUGUUUUAAUGCAUUCGUUAUUUCUUUUGUAAAUUUGUCUUCACUGUAUAUACACUGCUGCAUUUUUUGUACUAUAUUAGGUCUGUGUCACUGACGUUGGAACCUGGUGCUCAACAUCUUUUACCAUACAGUUGUAUUCGACCAUAUGUGGAAAGUGGUGAUGUCAUCUUGAUAUGAGUGAAGUGAACUCAAUAAUUAUUGUUGUUGUUGUUGUUGAUUUUUCGAACAGUGUUUAGAAGAAGAAGUAUAGUGGUCGGUUACUGCAUUUCUACAGAAUUUUGCAUUUAGGCAUAUAUUUUUCUAAAUUUAAAUCCAUAAAAAUCUACAGAGAGAUUACAUUUUCUUUUGCCUGUUAUCACUCACUCUUGUGAGCAGGAUUCUUUGAAAGUGUACAGAUUAUUUUUUACCAUUCAAAAUACAGAUGAAUAUAGAACUUCGUG